GUUGUGGAAUAGCGAGCGAGCAGGAACAGUGGCAGUCAGUAUUCAACCAGUGCGUGCCGUACAAUGAUUACAAUUAUUACGCUGUGUGUCGUGCUGCUGUCGUGCGCACCAACGAGCGGUGACCCUUUCGAGGUCGAACCAUUUCAGGAGCCGAAAACCACGCUUCUGCUACAGAUUCUCAAACGAUUGGAAGAGAUUGAUCAACGUAUAAGUGUCGUCGAGCGAAGGAUACAGGGCAACCAGCAGAUGGUGGUGUCCGCCAUCGCGAAGCAACUGGGUGGUAUCAGUGAUAAGCUCGAGCACAUCAACAAAACAUUACGUCAAAAUGUGGGCACCUACUACGAUUCCUGCGUCGAGGCGCCGGAAAUGAUGAGCGAUGUGUAUACGAUCAGACCACCGGCCUCGAGUGUUGCACCCUUCAAGGCCUUCUGCGAGCAACGCUACCAACAAGGUGGCUGGAUGGUUCUGUUGCGUCGAUUCGAUGGUUCGCUCAAUUUUACCCGCAACUGGACCGACUACAGGGAUGGGUUCGGGGAUGCGGCCGGUGAACACUGGAUCGGGCUGGAGCGAAUGCACCGCAUCACUACGUCGGAUUACUACGAGCUGCUGGUGUACCUGAAGGACUUUGAUGGCGUCACUAAGACGGCCCGGUAUAGUGAGGUCGAGGUGGCCAACGAAGCCAAUGGUUAUCGGUUAACGCUCGGGACAUUCGUCGAAGGAAAGGCAAAGGAUUCGCUGCGUGCUAGCGAUGGUUCGAUGUUUUCCACGUACGACCGUGAUAAUGACCUGCACGCCGGUUCCUGUGCGGCAUUCUAUGCGAGCGGUUGGUGGUACCGGAACUGUAUGAAUGCCAAUCUAAGUGGUCUAUAUCGUCAACACGAUCCAAAUAAUGCGACGAUGAAUUGGUACGGAUUUCAUGACGAUCUUCAAGGUCUCAAGGAGGCGACGAUGAUGAUAAGAGUCGUUUCCAACUAAUCUCCAUUUUUCUGUUUUUAGGUAAUCCAAUACAAUCCAACGUAAUAUUAUAUCGGGAUGAAAUCACUGGCAGCGACGAGGUUGUUGCUAAUAAAUCCCGUUGCUAGAUGAAACUCUUGUUUUCUUUCAAUAAUUUUCCUCGUGCAUCACACCAAA